AUGACUGACAUUGUUCCAUUCAAGGUUCACAUUCCCGACGGCUUGUUGGAGGAGAUCCACAUCAAGCUGCAGUAUGCACGGCUUGAUGAUGGAAUGGCUGAGGUAGAAUGGAAUGAUCUCGAGAUUGGCCAUGAGAAUUUCAGAUCUUUGGUCCAUUACUGGCGGGACGAGUACGACUGGCGCAAGUUCGAGGUCCAUUUGAAUACGUUCCAUCACUUCAAAACCUCUGUUCUAGUCCAGGGGUUCGACAAAAUCGAUUUGCAUUUCCUGCACCAUAGAUCAUCCCGACCAGAUGCUAUUCCUCUCAUCUUUGUUCAUGGAUGGCCUGGGUCGUUCUUAGAAGCCCUAAAGAUCAUUCCGCUUUUGACAGAGCCUAAAAGCCUAGAUACUCAGGCAUUUCAUGUUGUUGCCCCUUCGAUUCCUGGAUACGGAUUUAGCUCAUACUCCAAGAAAUCCGGUUUUGGCCUUGAGAAACAUGCCCAGUGCUUCGCCAAUCUAAUGCAAAAUCUUGGGUAUGAGAGAUACGUGUGCCAAGGUGGCGAUUGGGGCUCUUCCAUUGUCCGGUAUAUGGCGUUGAAUCACUCUGACGCUGUGCGAGCCAUCCACAUUAACAUGUUUUUGGCGAUUCCUCCCGUAAAAGAGAAGUCGCCUACAAAAUGGACUCGGUAUAAACAGAAUGAUUACAGUGACCAGGAGCUACGCGACCUAGAUCGAACCAAGUGGUUUGCCACUAAAGAGAGAGGUUAUCAAAGGAUUCAGGAAAGCAAACCAGUUACACUCGGGUAUGCCUUUCAUGAUUCACCCGUGGGCAUGCUAGCUUGGUUUGUCGGUAAAUUGAAAGCAUGGACGGACAAUUACCCUUGGACACCCGAUGAGGUCAUUCACUGGGCAUUCAUUCACUACCAGGGAAGUCCAAGUGCCGCAAUGCAGAUUUACGAGGAGGCAGAAGUGGUCUUGAAUGAAAACCCAAACAGUAUGCUGGGAAGGUACAUCUCGCAGCCAGUUGGCGGCUCGCUAUUUCCAAAAGAGCUUUGGCUUUAUCCUCGUGACUGGAUGGAGGAAACUUGUAACAUUCAAUUUUGGAGACAGCACAAUAGCGGUGGUCAUUUCAUUGCGUGGGAGCGGCCGGAAGCAUUGGCAGCGGAUGUCGCUGAAUUUUUCUCUAAAGAAAACAAGCUGAUCGAUUUUUCAACGUAG